GUUCUGUGAGCUGAAAGUACAAAGUGCGAAAUGAGGUUGUGGUGCGGUGGUGCCUAAUUAUUGCUAAUUAAUCUAUGUGUAAUCACUGUAAUCUGUACGAAAACUGUCUUUUCUGUACUUCGCGGGCCUGCCUGCAAGUUGAAAGGUAUGUAUUUGUGGUUAUCAUCAGUGUAAGCUUACGAAAUAUCUCAAACACUUUUUUUAUUUUUUUGCAUGCUAGUCCAACCCUGUAGCACACGAAAACUUUCCAGAAGUUACACAAGGCAGCUUAGUGUGACUCAACGCGACAGCCCUUACGCCUGUUUACAUUAUACAUUCCAUUCCUUCGCUGGGUACCUGCUCCCAGGAUAAACUUUGUUAGUCUGGCGUAGAUACAUUUCAAUUAUCGCGUGGAUCACAUCGCUUCUCAGACCAAGUAGAGUGAACUUCAUUACGGUGUUGAUGUGCUAUUGGGUGUGGUGUUUUAGUUACCUGAAAGGUGUUGGCCCCGACAAUCCAAUCAUAUCGCCCUUAUCGCUUGCCAAAGGAGGAUAACUCGUUGUCGUUUCGUCACCAAAGGAGAAUGAUGAGACCAUGGGUGAUCAUUUUGGUGACACUGAAUUGAGUGCCGAAUCAUCAUCAAGUAUUGAACAAAACACUAAAUGUAGUAUGGAUGAAAUGUGCUUACAUCUAUUGAGCUCUACACUCAGUUCAACAAACCCAGCAAAUAAUAGAAUAAGUCUAGCGGAGGGCACAGUACAGUGUAAGAGCUGUUCAGAAAAAGAUAAAAUAUUUAAAGUGCUUGUGCAGCAGGGACAUAUUUUAAGAGGAUUGGUUACGGAAACCUUGGCUGAAGUCAAACAACUGAAAGACGAGCUGGUGGCAAAGAAACAGACAUCAAAUACAACAAAAAGUUUCUUUACUUCAAUUUCACUGAACUUUCCCUUAUCUUCAGAUGAAGAUGUCCUGCUAUUUGAAAACUAUUUGGCUGAUACCUCAAAUUUCAAUAAUGCAGUAGCAGAGCUUGUCAAGAUUGGAGGCAUAAAGUCCUACGAUUUCGUAGCUCGAGUAGCAAAAUUAAUUUUAUCCAAUGAACUGGCUAUGAAAUACAGUUGGCUGGGCCGUAAAGGAAAAAGAAAAUUUUCAAAUAUGAAAAUUGCAGAUUUGCUAAUUGGUCAUAUUUUUACCCUAAUAUGUUUCCCAAGUUUAAUUUCAUGAUUUUCAGAGUCAUUGCUUGCUACAACAUUGGCAAAGUCAAAAAAGGAGGCUGAAACAGCAAUUCAGUUAUGGCUGAGAAGAGCAUCUGAUAGAAAUACCUAUCAAAUGAAUAAAAAACUUUAAACUUACGCUAUACAUUGUAUUUUCCAUUCCAAAAUAUAUGGUCAAGAUUUUUUCAAUAUUCAAUUGUUUUAUUGUAGAGUUAUAGUUUUUAUCGAAAAAUGGGGUUAAAACAAGUCUUAAAACUGUUAUCAAAAGAAAUCUUAAAGUCGUCGUCAACAGACAUGCAAAAAUUCCUAUUUCCACAUUGUUCGGAAAUCUUCUUGUAUAUACAAAAAUAAAGUAUUCCAUCGUUUACCAAAAGAUGAAAAAACUGUUGCUGCAUGUAAUGCACCUUAUAAGAUAUCUCCCACUCGUAAAGGUUCCAAUUAUUAUGUUUGUGAGGAUCAUUUUUCAAUGUUUGAUCGUAGUAAUCUGCAAGAUCCUUCACGUCACAGAUAUCUUGCCAUACCAGUGUUCCCCAAUACAGUUUUAAAUUCAAAUAAUAUUCAUCCUACUAAACCAGGUCCCACUUCAGUAUCUAGAGUUUUAUUCAAUGACCCUCCUUCUGGAGAGGCUACCACAAAUCCAACCUUCUGUGCAAAAUGAAAAUUCCAGUGUUUUUCUGGAAGAUCAAAACAUUGAAAUCUGUGGAAGUGGUUCUAGAACAGAAUCUAAUUAAUUAGAUAAAUAUUCUUUUUUGUUAGAGAAGCGCUCUGGCAUAUUAACAAUAUCUGGUACAUCAAAGAAGGAAUUGAGCCCUAAGGAAACAAUUAUGUAUAAUGUCCACCGGAAUGUUUGCUCAAGGCUCUCCAAAUUAAAAUCAAAUUUCAUUGUCGCUGGGGUUGACAUUACUACAUAUUUCAAAUAGCAAUUAGGUCUGUUAUGUCACUAUGGAGAGAUCUUAAAGAGAAGGGCUUGAAAUAUCUUUGAGAAAUUUAAAUCAAGAUUCCUUGGAAAAUUUAUUUGGUCAAGUAAGAUAGCAUGGUAUCUUCAAUACAAAUCCCACCAGUCAUCAGUUGUUGCUGCCUUAAAAACAGUAGUUAUUAAUAAUUUCACCACACCUUUUUCUGAAGGUAAUUGUGAACUCGAUUUUUGUGAUACUUUGGUCGAUUUCAGUGAUUUUUUGGAUAAAUAUGACCAAAGUAAUGAUACAGUGCUUGAUUUAGACCCUGAGAUUCGAAGUGACUCUGACAUGGAAAUAAUGGACAGUUCUGUUGAAUUUAAUCCUUCAAAUGGUUAUAUGGCUGGGUAUAUUUUGGACAGACUCAAAAUUGAAUUGUGAAUCCGGUGCAAGGUUAUUUUCUUUGGUUGGCACUGAAAAACAUCUAUUUGUGACGUUUGAAGACCAUGAUGAGGAAAAGCGAUUGAAGUAUGCAAGCGAAGAUUUAAUUAACCUGAUUGGUUUUCUGGAUGAAAAGCUGUAUGCAUUUUUAGAGCAGCAUGGUAUAGAAGGCCAACUGGAAGUAUUCCUGCAUGCUUCAAAACUACAGAUUUUGUCAGCAGCAUGAUGUGGCAAAAGGUAUAAUUGAAAAACUGCUCAGUUGGGUAUUUACAAAUAUGUAAGCAGAAACUUUUUGAAGUGGUGAGACUACAAAUAGUCAUAUCAAAAAAUAAGAAAUUCAAGACAGCUAAAGUCAGGUAAUGCUUUUUUAUGUAGUUCAGCACUCUUCAUUCAUUGAAUUUUCAAUUUACUUUCAGUAACCGAAUACUACUGUGAUAUUAUACCUAAACAAUAUCUUUUUGGUUUCAUAGUUGCAGCAUCCUUGGGAGGGAGCAGUUUGAUGAAGAAUAAUUAUUUAUUUUGUUACUCCCUGUAAUGUUAAAGCCAUCAGGAGCUUUUGGUUUUAAGUAUGAGGACUGUAUUGUUUAUUUUUAACUUUGAUUCCUUCUUUGAAGAAAAUUUUCCUCAUUUUUACACUAUAGAAAAUAUUUUUUGCUGUUUUAGUAUGAAUGUUUACGUUUCAGUGAUAAAUAUGCCUCAUGAUGGAUUAACUAUAGGUAGUGCUUGCUAAACACUUCCUUUGAUUAGUG